AUGAGGUGGCUAAACAUCGGCUCUGAGAGAAAGCUCGACACGGCACGCAUGGUGCUGCGAGAGAUCAUCGGGGAGAUGAUGCAAAAGAGGAAGAUCACCACAUGUCGUUUUGGACAUGGCAAGGAACAAGAGAGUGUGGAUAUUAUUCCUUCCUUCCUCGAAGACCCAGACUACGCCAAUGCUGACUUGCUCCGUGCGAUUAUCAUUAGCUACAUGCUUGCUGCGAGGGACACAAUUGCAACAACCCUAACAUGGAUCUUCUGCGACCUCGCCCAAAACCCUGACAUCGUGUCAAUCAUCCGCAACGAACUUUCACCCAUUGCAUCACGCAAAGUAGCAUUAGGGGCAUCUACCCCAGUGAUCUUUGAGCCAGACGAGACCAAAUCUCUAGUAUAUUUGACAGCCACUUUGUAUGAGACUCUUAGACUGUACCCACCGGCGCCUGUCUUGCUCAAGAAGGUGGCCGUAGAUGACAUCAUGCCGAGUGGCCAUGAGGUGCAUGCCGGUGACACCAUUUUUGUUUCCGUCCACUCCAUGGGGAGAAUGGAGGGUGUGUGGGGUAAAGACUGCUUCGACUAUAACCCACGUAGGUGGCUCUCAGAUGAUGACAACAACCUGAGGUACAUACCAUCUCACAAGUUCUUGGCCUUCAAUGCUGGCCCGAGGAUGUGCCUCGGCAAGGACAUUGCACUUAUGCAAAUGAAGACUGUCAUUGCUACAGCUGUGUGGAACUUCGAUGUGAAGGUGGUGGAAGGGCAAAGCAUCCAGCCUAAGCCGUCCAUUAUACUGGAGAUGAAAAAUGGGCUCAUUGUUAAGUUGAAGAAGCGAGAAAUGUAA